AUGGACUACACGCAGUGGUUGGCGAAGCUGGUGGCCUUUGACACCACGAGCCGCAACUCGAACCUCGAGCUCAUCCACUACUGCAAGGACUACCUGGAGGGGCUCGGUGUCAAGUGCACGCUGGUCCACAACCUCGAGAAGACGAAGGCGAACCUGUGGGCGACGCUGCCGGGCGAGGGCGGCGUGACGGACGGCGGCAUCAUUUUCUCUGGCCACAGCGACGUGGUGCCGGUGGACGGGCAGAAGUGGGGCAGCGACCCGUUUACACUGACGGAGAAGGACGGGAAGUUGUACGGGCGCGGCACGUCCGACAUGAAAGGUUUCAUCGCCGUGUGCAUGUCGCUGGCCCCCGAGCUGCUGAAGAUGAAGCGUGCGAAGCAGAUCCACUACGCAUUGACGUACGAUGAGGAGGUGGGCUGCCUCAGUGGGAAGGUGCUGGCAGAAUUCCUGCGGGACCACAACAUCAAGGCGGACGGCUGCAUCAUUGGAGAGCCGACGGAGAUGAGGGUGGUGACCGGUCACAGGGCGCCUACCGCUUUCGUGUGUGCGUGCACGGCAAGUCGGCACACUCGUCGCUCGCGCUGGCCAGCGAAAGCUGCAACGCCAUUGACUACGCCGCGAAGCUCGUUGUGA